AUGAAAAUUUAUGUUGUUCAUUCGAAGAUCGACACCCCCCUUCCUCUUCAAACACCUUCUUACCUUCACUGCUUCUCCUGCGUACCCGACGACGGGGAGCUCUGCUUCUCCUGCGUACCCGACGACGGGGAGCUUCAUCUCGUUGGUGGAACACCAACCACGAUCGUCACCCUCUUCAACAGUACGCCUCCCUCCAACGAUCGUCACCCUCUUCAACGAUCGUCACCCUCUUCACAGUGCAAGGAGAAGAAGUCAAGAUUCGCCUGCGUUAUUGUUGUGUCUGAUGACUUGCCAAAUGACUUCAUCGUUCUGCAUCUUGAAUUUGACUCUGCUUCUCUCUUUGAUUCUUCCACUUCAAUUCUUAGUAGGGAAAAAACAAGAUAUGAUCCCUCCCUCUAUAAGAAACGGGAAGGGAACAUGAGUCAGGGUCUUGAGAGGCCAAGCAGCCGAAUCAGCCGAGCGUCUUGUUACAUUCUCGACUCGUGUCUCUUAGAGAAGAGGAGCACACAAUGCCCAGAGGCCAGAGCUGCUACGCAUCCUGUUUCAGUCUCGACUCUUGUCUCUUUUCUUUUAUUCUGUAUCCAUGAGGGGCAAAGGAACAUGUCGGAAUCGCAAUCGAAGAUGGUCGUAAUUUCGUGAACCUCAACCA